AUGGACACAACCCCAGAUAUAGAUACAACCCCAGAUAUAGAUACAACCCCUGAUAUAGACUCAACCCCUGUUAUAGACACAAACCCUGACAUAGACAAAACCCCAAUUAUAGACACAACCCAUGAUUUAGACACAACACCUGUUAUAGACACAACCCCUGAUAUAGACAAAGCCCCUAAUAUAGACACAACCCCUGAUAUAGAUACAACCCCUGAUAUAGACACAACCCCUAAUAUACACACAACCCCUGAUAUAGACACAACCCCUGAUAUAGACACAACCCCCAAAGAUAUAGACACAACCCCUGAUAUAGACUCAGCCCCUGUUAUAGACACAACCCCUGUUAUGAACUACACAACCCCUGAUAUAGAAACAACCCCUGAUAUAGGCACAACUUCUGAUAUAGACACAACCCCUGUUAUAGACACAAACCCUGAUAUAUACACAACCCCUGUUAUAGACACAACCCCUGAUAUAGACACUACCCCAGAUAUAGACACAACCCCUGAUAUAGACACAACCCCUGAUAUAGACACUACCCCUGAUAUAGUCACAAUCCCUGAUAUAUACACAACCCCUGUUAUAGACACAAACCCUGAUAUAGACACUACCCCUGAUAUAGACACGACCCCUGAUAUAGACUCAACCCCUGUUAUAGACACAACCCCUGUUAUAGACACAACCCCUCAAAUAGACUCAACCCUUGAUUUAGACAUAACCCGUAAUAUAGACACAACCUCUGAUAUAGACACAAUCCCUGUUAUGGGCACAACCCCUGAUAUAGACACAACCCCUAAUGUAGACACAACCACUGAUAUAGACACAACCCCUGAUAUAGACACAGCCCCUGAUAUUGACACAACCCCUGAUAUAGAUACAACCCCUCAUAUAGACACAACCCCUGUUAUAGACACGACCCCUGAUAUAGACACACCCCUUAAUAUAUACACAACGCCUCUUAUAGACACAACCUCUGAUAUAGACACGACCCCUGAUAUAGACACAGCCCCUGAUAUAGACUCAACCCCCGUUAUAGACCCAACCCCUGAUAUAGACACCACCCCUGAUAUAGAGACAACCGCUGUUAUAGACACAACCCUUGAUAUAGAUACAACCCCUGAUAUAGAGACAUCCUCUGUUAUAGAUACAACCGCUGAUAUAGACACAACCCCUGAUAUAGACACAUCCGCUGAUAUAGACACAACCCCUAAUAUGGACACAACAUCUGAUAUAGACACAACCUCUGUUACAGGCACAACCCCUGAUAUAGAAACCAUCCCUGUUAUCGACACAACCCCUGUUAUAGACACAACCCAUGUUAUAGGCACAACCCCUGAUAUAGAGACAACCCCUGAUAUAAACACAACCACUGAUAUAGACACAAUCAAUGUUAUAGACACCUUCCCUGAUAUAGACACAACCCCUGAUAUAGACGCAACCCAUGUUAUAGACACAACCCCUUAUAUAGACACAAGCACCGUUAUAGACACAACCCCUGAUAUAGACACAUCCCCUGAUAUAGACACAACUUUUGAACUAGACACAACCCCUGAUAUAGAAACAACCCCUGAUAUACACUCCUCUGAUAUAGACACAAUCCCUGUUAUGGGCACAACCUCUGAUAUAGACACAACCCCUAAUGUAGACACAACCACUGAUAUAGACACGACCCCUGAUAUAGACACACCCCUUAAUAUAUACACAACGCCUGUUAUAGACACAACCUCUGAUAUAGACACGACCCCUGAUAUAGACACAACCCCUGAUAUAGAAACCAUCCCUGUUAUCGACACAACCCCUGUUAUAGAAACAACCCAUGUUAUAGGCACAACCCCUGAUAUAAAGACAACCCCUGAUAUAGACACAACCACUGAUAUAGACACAAUCAAUGUUAUAGACACCUUCCCUGAUAUAGACACAACCCCUGAUAUAGACGCAACCCCUGAUAUAGACGCAACCCAAACACAACCCAUGAUAUAG